CGCUAAUGUCUCAAACUACUUUAAAAAAUUUUGUUAGUCAAGAUGAAGAUAUUGAAGAUAGUCAAAACUUUACACAAAGAUCAGUUGAUAGUUCUGAAGAUUCUAAUAAUAAAAGUUUAAGUAAAGAUAGUCAAAAUAAUGAUAAUCAAAAAAGAAAAAGAACAAAAAAAGCAGUUGGUAGACCCGAAGAUUCUGUAAUUAAUGAAUUUAUUAAACUUGGAAUUAGAGAUAAAUAUGGGCAUGUAGCAAUAAAAUAUAAAUAUUGUAAUGAAAUUACUUCACGAGAACGGCCUAUUUCAAAUAUGGCUAAAUUACAUACAUAUUAUGUUACUAAUGCACAUCAUGAACUUAAUUAUGUUGGACAAAAUAUUUCAGAAAAUGAUUUUUUAAAACUAAUGCAAGAUUAUAGUUAUUCACUUUCUUCAGAUACUGCAUUGUUUGAAGAGGAUAUUCAUAUUCAUUUAGAAUAUGCUUCAAAUAAUACAAAUCAACUUGUAAUUUCUGAAGAAAUUAUUGAUCAUGGUGAAAAAGAUUUUAAUAUUGAUUUACUUAUUAAUCAAGGAACAGAAAUACGAAAUAGAUUACUAAAUAUAAUUACAGAAAAUUAA